ACAAUACAAUUACAAUUCACAUUUCUAAAUAGUGCAAGAGGGGGGAAAAUGGGUAGUGAAAUUGAGAUUCCAAUUUUGGAUUUUCGUAAGAGCAGUGGAGUGACAUUAGAAGAAGGGGGUGAGGGGUGGAAAGAAAUGAGUAAGAAAGUGAUAGAAGCAUUUGAGAAUCAGGGUUGCUUCCUUAUAAGGUGUGAUGAAAUCUCAAAUGAUUUACGUGAAAGAUUAUUUAUAGGCAUAAAAUCAUUAUUUGAUCUACCUGAAGAGACCAAGAAGAAGUUCUUUAGUACAAAGCCUUAUAGGGGCUACACUAGCAAAAGUCGUGUCAUUCCUCAUUCUGAAAGUUUUGGAAUUGAUAAUUCUCCUAAGUCAGAUACGACUUUUCAAGACUUCACUAACCUCAUGUGGUCCGAAGAAAAUCCAAUUUUUUGUGAAACCCUAUGUUCUAUGACUCAAAAAAAGCGAGAACUAAGUUUGGUUAUCUUGAAAAUGAUUAUGGAUGGUCUUGGCCUUCCAAAGCAAUACAACUUGAAUGUUGAAGACCUAGAUAACUAUAAUGAUACACGAAUGACUAGAUACCAACUUCCUGAAAAUAGCAAAAAUACUGAAAUUGCAUUGACUCUUCACACCGACAAGUGCACCUUAGCCCUCAUAUGUGAAAAUGAUGUUCAAGGUCUGCAAGUGUUAUCCAAAACUGGCAAUUAUGUUGACGUAAAAAUUCCUUCAGAUGGCUUUGUGGUAAUUUGUGGUGACAUAUUGAAGGCAUGGAGCAAUGGAAGAUUUGAGGCAGCUCCACACAGAGUGGUGACAAGGGGAGAUAAAGAGAGACUUGUAUUUGUGGUUUUUGCUGUGCCAAAAGAAGGUAUGGCUAUUAAGGUACCCUCUGAGUUGGUGAAUGAUGAAAAUCCUCUCCGUUAUCGACCAUUUACUUAUGAGGAGUUCUUGCAUUAUCAUUAUUCAACUCACACAGAAAAGUUAGCAAUUGAAAAAUUUGCUGGACUAAUUUAAAUGCAAGGAAAUAUAUCUUUAUGUAAUAAAGCAGAGUAAUUUAAAUCACUUUUGCAAUAAAUUAUCAAUCAAAUAAUACAUAUUUCCUUCAAUGAUAAAAAUAAAUAUAUUUAUAUUCUUGGGA